AUGCAAUCCUCCAUUCAACAGAACCCCAUCCCAGACCGAGCCAGAGAACCUAUGGCACCUGCAACACAGCCACGGGAUUUCUCCUCUAGUGACUGCCACCAACUACCGGAUCCCAAUCCGGAUACAGCGUCUGGCCAGCCCUGGCAACCAAAAGUCAAUCGUCGCCAAAGCUGGAGCCAGGAGGACCAGAAACACCAGCAGCAGGAACGACUGCUAGAUAUCGAGCAAGGUCGGGAGACCGGGUUUACGGAGACGGGACUGGAUCAUUGA